AUGACAGCAAAUGAAACAUUGCAUCAAAUGCUGGACGGGAUCUCUUUCCCUUCGCGCCUCUUACCGGCCACGGGGAACGACACGCGCGCGCUCCUCUUCAACGCCACGAGCGCGGGUGUGCAGGAUGACUUGGACGUGAACACGGACUUGUACUCCAGGGUGACAGUGACCGUCCUGUACACGCUGCUCUUCGCUCUGGGCUUCUUCGGGAACUCCACGGUGCUGUAUAUAUUCCUCCAGAGGAGAGCAGUGAGGUGCCUCCAGGGCGCCGUGCACUACCACCUGGCGAGCCUCGCCGUGUCGGACCUCUUCGUGCUCGUGCUCUGCAUGCCCGUCGAGCUCUACAACUUCAUCUGGAUCCACCACCCGUGGGCGUUCGGCGAGGCCGCCUGCAAGGGCUACUACUUCGUGCGGGACGGCUGCUCGUACGCCAGCUCGCUGAACGUGGCCAGCCUGAGCGUGGAGCGCUACGUGGCGCUGUGCCACCCGCUCCGGGCCAAGAGCGUGCUGUCGCGCGGCCGCACGCGCAGGAUCAUCCUCGCGCUGUGGGCAGCCUCGCUGCUGCUCGCCUCCCCGAUGCUGCUGACCAUGGGAGAGACGCACGUGGGCGAGGAGCGCAUUUGCACCACGAUCGUGUCCUCCGGAGCGGCCAAACUCGUGCUGCAGGUGAAUGCUCUUCUCUCAUUCGUUGCACCAAUGCUGGUCAUCUCCCUGAUGAAUGGACUGAUUGGAAGACGACUCCAGCAAAUAUCCCAGCAGACUUUGCUCUUUUCCUAUGGUUAUCCAACAAGUAGCAUCACGAUGGAGACUGGUCGUAUGCGGUCACUUCGCCAUGGAGUUAAAGUCCUACGCGUGGUGGUCAUUGCCUUUGUGGUAUGCUGGCUGCCGUACCACACCCGUCGCCUCAUGUAUUGCUACGUCACAGAGUGGACAAGUGAACUGUAUGAUUUUUACCACUACUUUUACAUGGUGACCAAUGUGCUCUUCUACGUGAGUUCGGCCAUCAACCCCAUCCUUUAUAACUUGGUCUCAUCCAAUUACCGCCAGAUCUUUUUAUCCACCCUCAGCUACUUCUGCUGGACUUGCUCUAGAAAGGGGAGGGCAUAUGCAAAUGGACGGAGCAUACAGUUUCUUCAUCGAGCUCCGGCAACUUUGGUCACGCCUCGCACCAGCCAACACACCCUCUGUACCACAGAUGUGAUGGAGACGAUAAACUGA